CUUAAGUUGACCGGUCGCGAGUACAACACGUGGUGCCGAACGUCGAAGCAUGCUGGUGCGUUUUCGCGCAAGACCUCUUGGAGCUGCGCGCCUGCUGUGAUUCAAUAUAAACAUUUGUUUGAAAUUGUACUAACGUUUCUGUUAAUAUAAACAACGCACGAGAUUAUGAAAAAUGGAGAAACAAAAUAAGUGUGAUCCAGAGAAUAAGAAAAGUUCUACAAUGAAAACUGCGAGUUUAUCAAGUUCAAACCGUGAACCAAUGUCAACGACUUCGCAAGCAAAUUCAAACACAUCCCGACCUAAUCGAAAUACCACGCGUCGAACGCACCAUAUCGAUACGACACCAAUAUCGACUGUGGAUUCAAGGGAAGAGAGAAAAGCUAAUGGAAGGAUAAUAGCAGUUUGCGUUGCAUUAUUUCUUAUAUUCCUCGGUCUAUACCAUGCGUGGCUUCGAAGAACUGCCGUUGUAGCCGGAGUUAUAGUGCCGGUGUUAAUCAUGCUCCUUUACACUGCGUGGGUACUUUAUUCCGCAAAGCGACACAAAAGGAAGAUGAUGAUGCUUCGGAAUGCUGCCUCUAUGAAUUCCGUCAACGGCAUAGACAAAGAUUCUGUUUCCAUUCCAUUGGAUGAAACAAUCAGAGGAAGAGAAACUAUUCAAAGCUCAACGUCUUGUAUUAAUCCACUAAAAACCAGUGUCGUGAAGUAUUCCAACCUCAACGAAAUACCUGCUAGCACUUCCCGCAACCAUUCGAAGGACAUCAACAUUCGAAAACACGAGCAUGACAAAAACCGUACUGGUGGACAUCAUUCUUCUAAGCCGUUGGCUAAGGUCCUUCCAAGACAACAAUCAUCGAUUACUCCAACGAGCUUGAAAGAGAUUCCUCAACAACGGAGAUUUUCAUUAGAUCCACAUGCAGCUCAUUUGAUUCUUAAAAACGAUCUCGAUAAAGAACGACAUGGUAGCUUAGGACGAGUUGACCAACCAAAACAUUUCAAGAGACCUAAAACUAGCAAGGAAAAGGUUGCUUUUGCAGUUUAAUAACGGUUGUAGCAACUUAUCUCAGAAUACGAAUUAUGUGCAAUAAAAAUUCUUUCUGGCUUGGGGGCCAUUAUAAUUUAAAUAUCCCUUAUCAAGAAGAAGCAUAUUGAAAAAAAAUGUAGCGGUUUGGAAAUUUGCAAAUGAUUAGAUCAUCGGUAGGACAAAAUAAAAUUCAUUUUAUUUAGAGUAUUAUGUGGACCCUUACUUUAUAAAACAUCGUCAAUAAAACAUAUA